UUAGUCGCAACAAGUACGGUUGACGAAGAACAACAAGUCGGAACGAGGAGAAGCAACAAAAAAAUUUAAAAUAAAUUUAAAUAAAUAAAAUUUUAAGUGAUAAUACUGGAAAAUCAUUUUAAAUGCUGUGUGGUGUUGAAGAAUAACGGCGGCAAAAAUUGUAUAAAAAAAAUUAUAUGAUUUGUUAAAAAAAAGUAUUUUUAUUAAUCAAUUAUUAAAAUCAUUUUUAUUGAUAAAAGAAAAAUUAAUGAAACAUUAUUUCUUUUGCCACCAAAGUACGGGUGGUCUUUAUCAGUUAACGAAGCAAAAAUCAAGAAUAGCAAAUGCUCAUCUAAUGUUAAUAAAAAGACGGUAGCAAAGUGUUAAAAUUUGUUUUCAAUUUCGAUUUUUUUUUGAAAAUUAACCGCUUGAAAAUCAAAGGUGUAAAGUGCGUGCUAAUUUUCCUCUAAUAUACAAAAUAAUAAAAAAAAAUCCAACAACAAAAUUAAAACUCGACAACUUAACAACAAUUGCACAGGGUGCUAUAAGAAAAUCAAACAAAAAAAGUGUGAAUUAGUAUUGAUCCCAACCAAAAUAAUACACAAAACAAAAAAUAAAAAUAAGAAAUAGUUAAAAGAAAUAUCCAAGUCUCUAUCAUCCCAAAAUUGUUUACAAACUAAUAAAUGUAGUUUUUGAAAGCAAAAAGAAGAAAAAAAAAUUGUAAAAAUCAAUAGAAAAAAUUUGAGAAAUAUUCUUAUGUGAUCAUCAGUUGGCAACGAUUAGUUUUGUUUAACACUUACGUCUAAAAUAUUUAACUAUUAACGACACCAAAAUUAGCAGACAACUGGGAAUGGAAUAAUACUCAUCUUUCAUAAUCAAUACUACCACCAACAACAACAACAACAAUCUUCUCACCUUGACCCAUUUUCGGAAUUAGCAUUUCAACGACUUUCUUUCGCCAAGACUUGAGAAGUCAAGCGCAAUUUUAUCACCAACUAUCAUCCCUUUGUGCAGAUUUUUAACAGCCUCAUCAUUGAGUAUUACGAUCAAAAUAUGAUGGACCCAGAGAAUCAGUGCCCUCAAUAUGGUGAAGUCAACCAAUUGGGAGGCGUGUUUGUCAAUGGUCGACCGUUGCCGAAUGCGACACGCAUGCGCAUUGUAGAGCUGGCCCGUCUCGGCAUAAGACCCUGUGAUAUAAGUCGUCAGUUAAGGGUGAGUCAUGGCUGUGUCUCAAAAAUUCUGGCCAGAUAUCAUGAAACGGGCUCCAUAUUACCCGGUGCUAUAGGGGGCUCUAAGCCUCGUGUUACCACACCCAAGGUGGUGAACUACAUACGAGAGUUGAAGCAAAGAGAUCCUGGUAUAUUCGCAUGGGAAAUACGCGAUCGUUUGUUGAGUGAAGGCAUCUGUGAUAAAACCAAUGUACCCAGUGUCAGUUCAAUCUCGAGAAUAUUACGUAACAAAUUGGGUUCGAUAACACAUCAUCAUCAUCACAAUGGCGGAUCGGUGGUGACGGGUAACUCAGCAACAACGAAUGCCUCACCUCAACUCUCUCACACACAUGCCGCUGCCCACCAUCCACAUCAUCAUGCCCAUCAUCAUGGUCAUCAUGCGUCAUCACAUGCCGCAGUCACAGCAGUAGCAGCAGUAUCGGCCCACCACAAUCAUGCCGCAGCGGCGGUAGCCGCCCAUGCUCAUCAUCCCCACUUGUAUUAUCAACCCUACAGUGCGUAUAAUAUGAAAUCAGCUGUGUCUUGUGGUAGUCCCUCACCGCCACAAUCGGGAUCAACACAGUCACAUCAAAUGCGAUCAGCUGCAGCCGCAGCAGCUGCUGCCCAUGGUUGGCCCUCCUCCCACACAGUCAGUGAUAUACUAGCUCAUCAUCAGGCUGUAGCUUUAAGGGCCAGUUGUCAAGUAGGCAAUCCAGUUGGCGGUACAAUACCCUCGGGCCUGCCCCUGACUCAUUCUCCCGUCGGCGGAGCAACUGGCACAGGUUCACAGCAAUUGCUGGACUGUGAAAGUGCCUCAAAUUCGGCUGCUUUGGCUCAACAUCAAUUGGCCUCCACACAGGUGGCCGUUGCAGCCGCUGCUGCCUCACAACAACCCUACAAUUACUACAUGUAUUUUCAAAACGGUAGCAUGCAUCACCAUGGUGGCAUGAUGGCAGCAGGAGCCACCGGCUUAUGAGAACUACCCUGCUUCUGAAAUUUUCAAAUAACCACUCAUGUAAAACCAAAAUGAUUUAUUUUAAAUUGACACCAACAAUAAGGUUUAAAACCUUGAAAAUCAUUAAAUUUUGCAAUUAAAAAAAAGAUACUCCUUAAAAAAUCGAAAAAUCCAUCAUAUAAAAUUAUUAAAGAAAACCGUCGA